AUGGCGAAACAUGAUUGCUUGAUACCUAAGAAGACGAACGAAUGCGUGUUUGGGACAAACGUGCCUGUCGAAGCGGUACGGGGAUGUUUGUGUUUGAGAAAUGAGACAUGGAAGUGGUUUCUCCCAUGGUUCUGCGCAGGCUUGGGGUGGUAUUGCCAGAGUGUCGGACUGCACUGGGCCACCUACCAGUACGUUCAUAAAUACGCAGAGGAUAACAAGACUCUGGCUGCCUCCGAGGGGCAACGCACAUUGUAUGACUCCUUCGAAGAGGGCCCUGCCGUGAAGAUCGAUAUGCAUACGAUCGACAUGAUCGCAGCGCUAAUCCCGAUGUGUUUCGUGGUGCUUACGUUCUUCGCUGUGUCCGCGUCGUCAAAAAUCUGUUUUUGUUGUUCACGCAGCUCGGCCGAACACCCACAACAUCCACAGCAUGCUUACUUACUGCGCCAAAAUGUCUUGCGAAUCUGGACCAAGGUGAUGACCUGCGCGAUGUUCUUAUUCAUGUGCAAGGGCACCCUAGGUGCGAUCACGGUAGUCCCCGAUUCCAGCGGCUGGGAUGUUUGCGAGAAUCGCCUCAAGGCAGUUGGCACGGAAUGGAUGCGGCAAGAGCAUUCGUUUGCCGACAUGUUGUCGAUCGAUGUCAUCUGGGUUUCUGAGCACCACACUCCUCUCCGCUAUUGUGCUGACAUGAUGUUCAGCGGGCAUACUUUCGUCGUGACGCUUUUUGCGCUCGGCACCUACGAUUUGAUGCGAGCGUUUCGGUUGGAGACUCUCGGUCGUAGAUUCAAGAAUCCUACAACCAAAGCGCGCGUGAAGAUGUUGUCGCUAAGUAUUUUCGCUUGUCUUAUUCUGUUCGAGCAAAUAGUCGAGAUCGCUUACGUGGAGCGGAGCCACUUCCACUACAGCAUGGAUAUAUUAAUGGCCGUCAUCCUCACGUUCCUGAUAUACACGAAUGGCGUUAUCGCGGUGUUCGCGAAGCAGUGGUCGGCUUGGGGAUUAUUGGUCUUCGUCAGUAGGAAGACUACUAAGAAACAUGAUGAGGAAUGUGGUGACGACUGCCAGGAAGACGAAGAGGUGGCGCUACAUCGUAUAUGGAGGUGCGCUGACGAGCAUCCUGAGCUCACUGCGAUGACCGACCCUUUGGAUCCAAAGUGGGCGCUUCUGAACUCCAAGGGGGACAUAUUCAUUCCUCCAUGCUGCGUCCCGUUCUGCUGCCUCGCUGGCCGAGAGCACGUGUACUCGGACGAGGGCGUCGAGACCCUUAUUCAGAUGUUCGCCGACGGUCAGAACCCCAAGCAAGACCCCAAAGUCAUCCGCAAAUACCUCGAAAACACGAUGCUGCUCGACGAUGGCGUCUCGUGGCGGGAGUUCAAGUCUGCCGUCCGCCCGUUCAACAAUAACAAACCCAGUCAAAACGAGAUGAGGUCCACCCGCUGA